GUGCGAGGAGCACAGUGCAUAUGCCUGUCGCAGCGCGCUCCACUAUGCACCUGCUUGUCUGACCUCCUCCCUGAGGCGCAUACAGCCAAGGUUGGCCUCCGCGCGGCUCGUCUCUGCACCGACACACAUCAUGUUCGCGCCCCGUCUCGUCCUCGUCCUGCUCCUCAGCGUCGUUCCAGAUGCCCUGGCAGUCCCGGCGCAGCUACCGUUGGCGGUGGCAGAUACCCGUCCGGCGCGCAAGCUGCAGGGCCGUUUCCUGCACAUUACGGAUAUGCAUCCUGAUCCACACUACAAGCUGGACGCGUCGGAGAAGUCGGCGUGUCAUAGGAAGAAGCCUAAGAACGCCCAGCCGCGGUCGGGAUACUAUGGCAUGCCGUAUAGCGACUGCGAUUCGCCAUUCACCCUAACCAACCUUACUCUCAAUUUCUUGGACAAAGAAUGGACGUCGGAGAUUGAUUUUGUGAUAUGGACGGGCGACAGUGCCAGACAUGACAAUGAUCGCAAGAACCCCCGCACCACCGAUGAAAUAUACAUGCUGAACAGAGUGAUGGCACGCAAGAUGGAAGACGUAUUCUUGAGCAAGGGCAUCCCUGUUAUCCCCUGCAUCGGCAACAACGACGUGUGGCUAAAGAAUAUUAUGCUCCCAGGCCCAAACAGUGUGACUUCAGAAUUCUCCUCUAUAUGGAGGUCCUUCAUACCCUUCGAAUCGUACCAGGUCUUCCAGCGGGGUGGCUAUUACUCUGCCGAGGUCAUCCCCGACGCCGUCGCCGCAAUCAGCCUCAAUACGAUGUACUUUUACGACUCGAACAAAGCGGUGGGAGGGUGCGAGCCUGGCGAACAUGAAGACCCCGGGAACCUCCAGCUAGACUGGCUCGAGGUGCAGCUGCAGGCGUUCCGCCGGCGCGGCAUGCAGGUAUGGCUAAGCGGUCAUGUCCCGCCGUCGGCGGACAACUUCUUCCCUGACUGUUACGUCCGGUACACGGAGCUCUCGCUGCGCUUCCAGGACACGAUACUGGGGCACUUGUUUGGCCAUAUGAAUGCGGAUCAUUUCUUUUUCUUGGAGGCGGAGCACCUGGAGAAAUACCCACGCAAGAAAGCAUCUGCUUCCGUUGAUUGGGACGACCCGCACAGCGAGUCCCGUAAGGGGCUGUACAAGACGCUGCUGAAGGACUUCGAAGACCUGCCCAAGACGGCAAAGAACAUCAGUUACGACGAUUAUGGCGUCGUCAACGUAUCGCCUUCGGUGGUACCGAACCCAUACUUGCCCUCGUUCCGCAUUUUCGCCUACAACAUCACGGGCUCGCGAUACGUGCCAUCGAUUCGGGUGGAGAAUGAGCGAACGAAAUCUGUUGGACAUUGCCUCGGCAAUAUAUCAGACCGCUCCUGCAGAGCAUCCAAAUGGCACUCGCAUCCUGAUUCCCCCUCGCGAACCAACAGACUUUGGACACCCCUUGGCUAUGCGCAGUAUUAUCUGCCUAAGCUAGACGCCGCGGACAAGAACCAUCCGCCAAAAUACAAAUUGGAGUACCUGACGUUCCCGGUGUCGGGAUUACAUCGAGCGGGGGCGGACGAGGCCCCGUGGUGGCCGAUACCACUGCGCCAUCUCCCGAAAUCACUUCGGAACGCGACGGCGACGGCAUCGAAGCGGGCGCCUUACGGGCUGGUGGAUCUGACCGUGCCGUCGUGGACGGACCUGGCGCAGCGGCUGGCGAAGGGGGCGGAGAAGAAGCUGCGGAAGCGGUUCCGACGGUAUAUGUACAUGGAGGUAGAGUCGGCGUAGAGAUGUAAGGUAGCGGGCCGAAAGAGGGAAAUAGACGCCGCAGGAAGAG